AGUCAAUCAUCUAUGUCCGCCAUGUGAGCUUCAUAUCUCAGACUCUCAGUUGACACUUCAUCACUCUCUCUCUCUCUCUCUCUCUCUCUCUCUCUCAUCAAAGCCAUGGCAAGCACCAGCUCUCCCGCUCUAUCUUUGUCAAAACUGGAUUUUCCACCAGUUUCCUCUCAGAGAAACAUGCAAAAUCUCCAUCAAGUUAAGAUUCCUCGUAGGCUGUCGAAGUUUUCUGGAAUUAAAUCAAACGGGUUUGUCCUGUUUUCUUCUCUGAAUGGUCAAACUGGUGAGACCAGCCCUCCAAGUGCUGAAGCAACCACUUCAGUAAACAAUGUGUCUGACGUCCAAGUUCAAAGCAGUAUAUGGAACUGGAGGGGUUAUUCUAUCCGAUAUCAGCAUGCUGGCAACAGUGGCCCAGCAUUAGUUUUGAUUCAUGGUUUUGGAGCAAACAGUGAUCACUGGAGGAAAAAUCUUCCAGUUCUUUCAAAAUCACACAGGGUAUACUCUAUUGAUCUUAUUGGUUAUGGGUACUCAGACAAACCAAAUCCUCGUCAAUUUGGGGAAACUUUGUUUUAUACAUUUGAGACAUGGGCCACCCAGCUAAAUGAUUUUUGUACUGAUGUUGUCAAGGGUGAAGCAUUCUUUAUAUGCAACUCUAUCGGAGGACUUGUCGGUCUUCAGGCAGCAGUUAUGGAGCCACAGUUAUGCAAGGGCAUAAUGCUUUUGAAUAUUUCUCUUCGUAUGCUGCAUAUUACAAAGCAGCCUUGGUACGGGAGACCAUUGAUCAAAUCCUUUCAGAACUUGCUGAGAAAUACUGCUGUGGGCAAAUACUUCUUCAAAACUGUUGCCACACCACAAUCUGUCAGGAAUAUCCUUAGCCAGUGCUACCACGACACCUCCAAAGUGACAGAGGAACUAGUUCAAAAAAUCCUUCUUCCAGGACUUGAGCCUGGUGCUGUAGAUGUGUUUCUGGAGUUCAUUUGUUAUUCGGGCGGCCCCCUUCCUGAGGAACUAUUGCCUCAAUUGAAGUGCCCUGUUUUGAUUGGCUGGGGUGACAAGGAUCCGUGGGAGCCCAUUGAACUCGGACGUGAAUAUGGAAAAUUUGAUUCUGUAGAAGACUUCGUUGUUCUUCCUAAUGUUGGCCACUGCCCUCAGGAUGAAGCACCUGACCUUGUAAAUCCGCUGAUCGAAUCAUUUGUGGCACGCCACGCCGCGCUCCCUGCCAGCAUUUCCACGACUACCUGAUGCAUAGCAUGUCACCUCGUUGCAGUUUCUUUGUGUAUCAAAGAUGCUGAUUUUUUGGAGGCCAUUACUCCCCAGAAGCAAUAGCUGACGACGUUGAUUGCAAUUGAUUUUGACGUUUUAUUAACGGGGUCAUGGCAUGGCAUUCUAAUAGAGUGUUGCUGGAACUCGGCAUGCCACCAUUAGUGUUUACACUUACAAGUUGUACAGUACUCUUUACCAAAAACACGAAGUUUUCAUUAGCUUUCACUCUUUGUAAUAACAUUUGUAAAAUGGCUGUUUAUAGCUCUUCAGUGAAUGAUAUAAUAUCAAGAUUCACAUUAA